AUCAGUCUCAUCAUCGCAACAUUCACAGCAACAUAAGAAGAUCAUAACAGCAUAACAGCUGAAAACCGAGCCAUCAUGAAAGUCGUGAUUAUAUUAGCGUGCUUGACAGCGCUGGCCGCCGCCCAAAUCUUAAGGCCAAUUGUCGCCGAUUUAGAUGCGGCCGCAGAUCAUCAUGAGAGCCACGGCGGAGGCCAUGGAGGUCACCAUGGCGGAAGCAGUCACCACGGCGGAGGCGGAGGCGGUCAUCACGGCGGAGGCAGCAGUCACCACGGCGGAGGUAGUAACCACGGCGGAGGCGGACAUUACGGAGGCGGGGACUGGGGACGCAAACGCCGCUCUAUUGAAGAAAUCCAAGCAGCAAUCGCCGUUGCGGAAUCCGUCGUCGAUGCCUCUGCUGAUUUAGACGUGGCCGCAGAUCAUCAUGGGACAAACGGCGGAGGCCAUGGAGGUCAUCAUGGCGGAAGCAGUCACCACAGCGGAGGUGGUCACUACGGCGGAAGCAGUCACUACGGCGGAGGCGGUCACCACGGCGGAGGUGGUCAUUACGGUGGCGGACAUUACGGUGGCGGUGAUUGGGGACGCAAGCGCCGCUCUAUUGAAGAAAUCCAACGUAUACGGUCCUAAUUUUGGGGGAUUUUUGCCUUGAUCAUUUUUAGAUUCUUAAUGUUCGAUAACGUUUGUUGUCACAUCUCAAAACCCAUAACAUCUACCCAAAUUCUGUUGUUGGUAUACAGGGAUAUACCUAUACCUAUAAGACCGUUAUGAUCGGUUUAUGACGUGUUGCAUUCCUAUGAUAUGCGCUUCUUAUUGACUCAAUAAAAUUUGGCGAAACUCUCAAAAA